GUACCUGACUUGUUUGAAGGGGAUGUUCUUCAAUUCAGAGAACUGGUAAUGAAUGGUGUGCACAUCAGAAUUACAGAAGGAGACAAUUGUGUUAGAAUCAAUCAGAUUGUUGCUUUGGUGGAAAAUAUUAUUGUCUAUAAAGGCCAGGAGUACAUCAUCUACCGUGAAUUUGCAAAGAUGGGGACAUUUUUUAAUUACCCGGUUGAUUCUAAAGAAGUAGGAGUUUUUGUAGUGUCAAAUUUGUCUUCAGAUUUAAAAUGUACAAGGCUGAAUGACGUAUUCAAAUAUUUCAGGAUGCCAUAUGGGGAACAGGGCAGUUUUGUUGUCAUUCCCCUUUUAUCACAAAAAUAACUUUUAAUUCCCCCCCGCCCCCAACCCCAUCCCUCAGUGUAUUUCAUAGUGAGCUUCAUUAAGACAAAUGAAGUGGAGGUGGUGCCAGGUGUGUGGGUGGAAGGAGAGGUCUGUAAAUGGCCUAACUACAAACCCGAUGCCAUGUUGAAGGCCAUCAAGAACUGUGAGAUGCCUAAGGAGACCUGGACAAGUUAUGACAUCAGGGUUCUUUACAAAGCAAAUAGCUUUAGUGAGGCAAGGUUGAAACUUCGUAGGGCAGAAGAUGACACAGACCUCCAGUCAGAAGCAGAGGAGGGGAGGCCAAAAAAAAGAAAAACCAAAACAAACCAGCGCUUCCUCUUGAGUCAGGAGGAGUCUGAUGAGGAGCCUGUGACGCGCAAACCAGUCCUCCCUAAGGUCCCCUCCAUUCCACCUCUGCCGUCACUGUUGCGUGAUGCCAUUUCCUCAUCAGAUGAAAUAUCUCCUCCAGCUAGUCAACUUGCCUCUCUGCAGCCGUUUCACGCCCUUGGAACUCCUGAGCCAUCCUACCAUCUUCCCUCCCAGCCAUCUCACCACCAUGGAACUCCUGAGCCAUCCUACCAUCUUCCCUCCCAGCCGUCUCGCCACCAUGGAACUCCUGAGCCAUCCUACCAUCUUCCCUCCCAGCCGUCUCGCCACCAUGGAACUCCUGAGCCAUCCUACCAUCUUCCCUCCCAGCCGUCUCGCCACCAUGGUACUCCUGAGCCAUCCUACCAUCUUCCCUCCCAGCCGUCUCGCCACCAUGGUACUCCUGAGCCAUCCUACCAUCUUCCCUCCCAGCCGUCUCGCCACCAUGGAACUCCUGAGCCAUCCUAACAUCUUCCCUCUCAAUCGUCUCGCCACCAUGGAACUCCUGAGCCAUCCUACCAUC